UUAAAGCACCCUCACAUCGUAAAGUUUUAUGGCACCUCACUGGUAAGAAAACAAGAUUCCGUGAGAAUGAUAUUGGUGUUAGAAAAGUGCAAAGUAAACUUGAAGAGGUACAUCUUUGAUCACGAAGAGUUAGUUCCCGCUACAUCACAAGGUCCAGAAGCCUUCAAGAAAGUUUGUCAAUGGGUGAAAGAGAUCACUGAUGCUCUGGCCUACAUUCAUGAACAGGGCAUUGUCCACAGAGACUUCAAAUUGGAAAACAUCUUGGUAAGACGCAAAGCUUUGAGUGUUUAUUUUUACCUGCCUAAAUAGGGGAUUUCGAUAGAUAUGUGAUACCAACCAAUUGGUGUAAAAUGUAAAGCCUGUCUCGUCAUAAGCGUGGGAUGUGACAUGAUCAUAAAAUACUGCUUUCUUGUUCUUUCUCAUUAUUGGGCUGCCUGGGAAACGAAAACCAAUCAAGAAAUGAGUUGCAUCUAUGUCAAUAACAGACACGUGGCGGACGGAUCUCCCAGAAAGCAUUUUGCCCUAUUCCCCUGCAGAGGGGCCAAUUUGUGAGGGGAAAGGAGUGUAUGCGCAACAUCAGAUAAAAUAUCUGGCGAACAGUAUUUGAACGAAACCCUCUUACGUGGAGUUCUUAGUCCUAUACUUAUAUAAAAACAACAAAUUAAGGAAAAACUUGAUCACGUAGUAAGCCCGUAGAUUCUUCUUGCAUGAAGUCGCCCUAACAUUGGAUAAGCCUAACAUGUCAAUAGAAUUGAAAAACAACGGUCGUACUAGCUAGGAGUAGCGGAGCUCGCGCGCGCGAGCGUAGCCCCAUACCUAAGAAAAUGUGGUAAUCUAACCAUCCCAGAAAUUUGGGUAAUCACGUGACGGUACGCUCGUUCGUCGGCACCACAGGCAUACCAAUGAAAAAUAACUCAAUCAACAGGUAUGGUAACCCAAAUGUCGUUUUGGUGGGAAUUUGCAUAGCCACCCGUCGUGUGAAGCAGAGACAACUAAAGAGUCAAUAAAGAUGAAAACGGAAAGCGGAAAUUGUUUCUGUAUCCGUGUUGUCUAAAGCACAUUGCAUUAAGCUGAGAUUAAUUGCCAUGUCCACAAAUUUGGAAUAUAGAGAAAGAGAAAGACGGAGAAAAGAGAAAGUAGGCGACAGGCCAGCGAAGCUCAACGUGAAAAAGGGCAACAGAGAGCUGAAGAGCGAGGCGAUAAAAAAAACAAAGAAGAAAUUUUUUUGUUGGAUAAAACAACAUGAAAAUUUUGUAGCGGCGGUGAGAAAAUUAGAAAUGCUACCGGCCACCAAGGUGAAAAAGAGCGGCAGUUCAAAAAAGAAAGUGAGCAAGAGCACGUACGACAUUUCCUCCAUAAAACGUGUAACUUGGAAGUUUCUGGAAGUUUCACGUUGUAGUCGUGCAAUAAACGGCAAGAACGUGUGCUGCACGUGCAAAGUUGCUUUUUUGCUUAUUAGACCUAUUGUUACAGUGGACAGUGUUUUUCGUGCGCUCUGAUUGACUACUCAACCUUCGGAUAUCCAGUGCUAUUCACUGAUUCACCUCUAGUUCCUCCGACCGAGCGACGUCGAACUUGCGUAAGUUACGAGCAAAAUGGCUUCCCGGUUUGCUGUGGUAGCAAACAAAGAAAUUUCACAAAUAAUCAAACAAGCUGUUGCCGAAAUACUCAACAAGGUGACGAAAUUCGGUUUGGCCGCAGUUUUAAAAGGUAAAGCUUUGUCUCUUUGACUUGAAUUUAUCGAUGAAACCGGUGAAAAAGUUUUUUGUUUCCAAAUGCAAAAUAAGUCUUGUGUUAGUUUAUUUAGCUGACAUAAAUAAGCUUAAAGCUAAAUUUAAUAGUUUUUUUACAGAAUGGUUCCAAAUACAACAAGAAUUCACAACUCUUUUUGAAGAAAUUUCCCCACAAGAGAUAAACAAAUGGCUUCAAAAAGUGUUAUUUGUCGGCAAGAAAACGCGACAGCCGCUCAGUCAUUGCCUGCCAAAAUUGUAAUUGUUGGCAACAGUAAAUAAGUUCAAAAUCUUCAUUUUGGGGAUCAAUUACCUCUGUCACUGUUUUAGUGGCCGAGCGGUUAGAGCGCUGGACUUGCAAUUCGGAGGCCCCGAGUUCAAGUCCCUCCCUGACCGCUUGCUGGAUUUGUUCAUGGUAGUCCCGAGUUCAAAUAUAGCCUUGGUAACGCUGGUAAAUACCCAGCUGGUUUGCCUCCGGCCAGUUGGGAUUCUUAACCCUGUUAUGUUUGAUUUGAAUUAUUUGUUUCAGUCAUUUGCUCGGCCUUACUAGCAUAAGUGCUAUAAAUACUACUGAGGGUAAAUAAAGGAAUUAUUAUUGUUAUUAUUGUCAUUAUUAUUAUUAUUAUUAUUAUUAUUAUUAUUAUUAUUAUUAUUAUUAUUAACCCUAGUCAGCUGACCGAACAUUUUAUCAGUGACUUAUCUUGUAGCGAAGAAGAAGUGGCGAAACUACUUCAAUCAAUCGAUGUCAACAGAGCAUCUGGCCCUCACAAUAUUCCUCCAAGAAUACUCCAGGAAUGUGCUAUGGAAAUGGCCUUACCACUGACAAACUUUUUUAACUUCACUUUGUAUCGGGGGAAUAUCCCAACUGAUUGGAAAGUUGCAAAUGUUGUCCCAAUAUUCAAGUCUGGCAAAAAGAACUUGGCUGAUAACUACCGUCUAAUUUCAUUGACUAGCGUCGUUGUGAAAACGUUAGAGCGCUUGAUCCACAAACACAUUAUGAAGUAUCUGACUGACUUCCAACUGCUUAACGACAAUCAGCAUAGAUUUAGACCAUCAAGAUCUUGUGUUACCCAGUUACUGCAAUUAGUACAUGAGUGGUUUCAGGCCUUGGAUAAACUUGGAUCAGUUGACUCAGUGUUUUUAGACUUUGCCAAGGCUUUCGAUAAAGUCUCCCAUGCCCAUCUCCUCUACAAAUUGGAAUGCUAUGGUAUCAAAGGCCAGAUGUUAAAUUGGUUAAGGGAUUUUCUCACGUCAAGGAAACAGCGUGUAGUGAUUGAGGGUCAAGCAUCUGACUGGUUAAGUGUUACUUCUGGUGUGCCCCAAGGCAGUAUACUUGGGCCUUCGCUGUUCCUUGCAUAAAUCAACGAUCUUCCUUACUCAGUAACCUGCAACUCAGAUUCGUUUGCUGACGAUACUGUCCUUCAUCACCACAUAGGAAAUAGAUCGGAUUGCGAUCUACUUCAAGAGGAUAUGACAUCUGCCUCUGAUUGGUGCAAGAGUUGGCUUGUUACUCUUAAGACCGAGAAGUGUGAAGUCCUACACGUUACACGGAAGAAAGAUCCGAUAAGAUGUCAAUAUUCGUUGAAUAACACCUUACUACCGGAAGUGGACCACCACAAACACCUGGGACUUUGGUUGGAGUCGUCUUUAUCAUGGGAUUAUCACAUUAACUCAAUUUGUGCUAAAGCUAACAAGGUGUUGGGCUUGAUUAAAAGAACUUUUGGUUAUUCAAACAAGAGUGGUAUCAAGACAGCUUUCAAGGCGCUAGUGAUACCUAUCCUCGAGUACGCCUGCCCAGUCUGGAACCCUUACCUGGUGAGGCACAUCAAGGCAAUCGAACCAAUUCAGAGAAGAGCGUCCCGACUAAUAUGUGGCCCCGACAAAGAAUAUCCUGAAAAACUUCUUGAGUUAAAACGAGACUCUUUAGAACUGAGAAGGAAAUAUCUUAACCUUGUUCAAAUGUAAAAGAUUAUAUUUGGUUACUGUUAUAUCAAUUGCCAUCAUUAUUUUGAUAUUAUUGGAGUAACUCGAACUAGAAGUAAGCAUAAGUAUAAAAUAAGGCCUAAAGUCGCCGGUACAAAUUGUUUUAAAUAUUCAUUUUUUCAUAGAUAUAUUAAUGAUUGGAACUCUUUGCCUUCUGAAGUAAUGUCAUCUCCUAGCCUUCAGUCUUACAAAGUUUCACUGAUUAAGUACCUUCGCUCAUAAUUUACCUCGAAAUACUAGGCAUAGUGUCUUUAAUAUAAGUUUAUGCAUUAUUAUUAGGUAUCUAGGUUUAUAAUUUAUAGUCUAAUUAUAGUCUUUUAACAUAUGUUUUAUAUUUUACUAUUUUUUUCUUUUUCCUUUUUCUUUUUUGGAGGGUAUGUCUUAGCAUGGGAAUUUGGUUUCCCCCUACUACCGUCCUGUGGACCAUUUUUGUAUUUUUGUUCGAUUGUUUAUGUAUAUGUGUUAGUAUUAGUUCAUUUGUAUCAGUUAUGUAUGCUUACGAACUGUGAUUAAACAUUAAACAUUAUUGUAGAUUUUAUUUGAAACCAAUAGAUCUCUAACAGUAACGAGCUUCCAUUCCGAUACACUUGCCAAAAAACAAUAGGGUUCCACAAAGUAACGGGCUUCCAAACCGAUACACGUGCCUUCGGCAAAAUUACAAUUCUCUAAAUCAAAAAACUGCUCCGUUCAAAGUGUCACAUGAUCACGUGUUCCAAGCGUGAUCGGCUACAUCUAAGAUCAAAAAAUGUCUUGCGCGAAAUGUAACACAAAACUCCGUGACACACUGCCCCCUUGACCAGUCGAAUCACUGGUCAACUACUCUCCGAAUAUAAUCAGCAUUCCGAGCGGCAAGACGCCUGGGUGGCCUGAUGCCAUCAAUUAUCUGCUCCUCCCGAGGUUGUUCAUCAUUACUAACGACAGGUAUCUCCAGGGGAAACAGCCUUUGCACUGGCCUCUUCAUAGUAACAGGUCUACCACUCUUACUGAUAACCUUGACUACAGCUGCUCUAACGCGAUCGUCCGCACCAUGGAUCAACUGCUCCACUCGUCCAAGUUUCCACUGACUACGGGGCAGAUUGUCUUCCAAAACGGUAACAACAUCUCCCUCAGAUACAGCAAUACUGGAUCUAUGCCUGGAUUUCUGCCGAUGCAGGUUCCUUAACUCUGUAACAUAUUCUCUUCUCCAGCGCCUCCAGAAGUGUUCCAGUAGCAAUCCCAAGUACUUCCGUCUUCCUGGGAGAUCUUCCGACGACACUGUAUGGUCAGGUGCGGCUUGUAGAUUUCCUAUUACCUCCGGCAGUGAUAACAUUCGUCUUCCAUACAUCAAGUGACUUGGUGUCAAUGGUUCUUCAGGAUCAUCUGACGAUACGUAAGUUAAGGGUCUAGAAUUCAGAGUUUCCUCAACCUCGACGAGAACAGUGUGCAAUUCGUCAUAGUUUAACUUAGCGUUCCUAAGUGUCUUCCGCAAACAUCUCUUUGUAUCCUGAAUCAAUCGCUCAAGAGAGCAACCCCACCAGGGCGCUCUGUCCACAUUAAAUCUCCAGUCAAUUCUUUUACUGGCCAGGAAUUUCUUGACUCUUGGAUAAGAAAAUAACUUGCUCAAAAUUUUAUCUGCAGCCUUAAACGUUUUGGCAUUGUCCGAGAUAAUCAGUUCUGGUAAACCUCUUCUAGCUGCGAAUCUCCUCAGGCAACGGAUGAAUACAUCAACCGACAGGUCCGUAGCAAGCUCUAAAUGUACUUCUCUCACAGAACAGCAGGUAAACAGGAGAACAUAAACCUUCUGUAACGCUGACUGUCCUGACACCUUAUGUACAAAGGUCCAGCAUAAUCUAUUCCGACAUAAGUAAAGGCAGGUUUCUGGCUCAAUCUAAACUCGGUUAGGUCACUUUGAGGAGGCACUCUGUAACUCUUCCCUUCAUAUCUGCGACAAACUGUACAGCUAGCCAGUGUUCUUUUAACAAACUGUCGUCCCUUGACAAUCCAAAAUCUGGUUCUCAGCUUGGCCAGCGUAGCUUCUACCCUAUUGUGAUGCACCCUUUCAUGAGCAUCUCUCACCAACAGAGUUGAAAGAUAAUGAUUCUUUGGUAGUAAGGCUGGGAACUUCGUCUCAUGUGGUACAUCAGCAUUAGCAAUUCUCCCCUUACAUCUUAGGACUCCACUACUGUCUUCGUACAAACCAAAGUCUCGCUCUAACUGACUGUAAUUUGCUUGGGACUUCAAUUCUUUCUGGACACUUCUUAACCACUUUACUUCUGCAUUUCCAAGUUCUUCUGCAGUAACCUCUUUCAAGUAAACAGUUCCUUCCUUUAGCAACUUGGCCUUGAUUUUUUUAAUUUUUCACAAAACGCAACACCAAGGCUGUAAUACGAAACAACUUGUCACAGGAGCUAAAAUCUGUGAUCGGAAUAAUAGUGUCCAUAUUGGGCAAUCCAUUUGUAGUUAACAAUACUGCUUCACCAACUGCUUCGAUAGCUUGGCCUUUCUACAUCUCUACGCAACACUCCUCAGCAAUUGUUUAGGAACAUUCCUCAGAACUGGGCCAGUUUUUCAUGGGCUCCGACAGCCACGAAUGUCCCUUCCGCCACAACACAUUACUCUUUAACUUAGCCAUUCCUUCUCCACGAGAUCCUAUAUCUGCUGGGUUCUCAAAGCCAGGACAAUGGUUCCACAUGCUCUCCUCGGUUAAUCACACGAUUUUGCACAAACUGCUUCCACUCCUUCGAACCCUUUAUCCAGCAGAUUGCAGUAUUGCUGUCCAGCCACAAGUGUGUCUUAUCAAUUGUAAUCUGUGACGCCAAGGCUUCUUUAACCUUAAAUGAGGACACCAAUCUCGCUAAGAUGACCCCAGACAGUAAUUCGAGUCUAGGGAUAGACUGCCUUGUUAGCGGUGCCGCUCUGGUUUUGGAUGACAACAAAACUGGAAAAAAAUCACCACUCACUUCAAGAACCAAGUAAACAGCAGCACAAUAAGCCUUCUCUGAAGCGUCCCCAAACCCAUGAAUAACAUACGACGUAACACCUUCCUCUAAUCCAGCAUACACAAACCGCGGGACUAACACUUGCUGCACCUCUCUCAAGUCCUGAAGCCACCUGUUCCACUGCUUCUGGGCAGACUCCGGGAGUGGCGCAUCCCAUUCAAACUUGUCCUGGCAAAGAGACAGAAACAAAAUCCUCAUUUCCACCAGUAUUGGACUGAGUACUCCAAGGGGGUCAAAGAAACUUGAAGUAACCUUUAACAAGUUUCUCCUGGUCGGCUCCAAGUCUUGUGAAAGUCUCAGUGAGGCUUCACAUUAAAAAAUGAACUCCUCAGUAACACAGUUCCAGUUAAGACCAAGUAUUUAGUGUUCAUCCUUCAUAUCAAGCUUCUCCAAAUGAUUGACAGUAGUUUUCGCAUAAGACUCUGUAUCCUCCACUACAGCACAAGUUCCGACAGUUCCAACUUGGUCCACACAAUCAAUUCAAGCAAUUUAGGUGAAUUUGAAAUCUACUUUCGCAAGUUAAACCCACCUUCCAAUAAGCACUUCUUAGACUUCUGAUAAAGCGACUGACACUCCUCAACACCCCUUUCUCCUGUCACCAAAUCAUCCACAUAAAAUGAAUUCAACAAGUUCUGAACCAAACCAGGGUCAGCCUCAUAUUGACUGAUAUGAUACUUCAAAGUGGCAUUCAAAAGAAAAGGGCUAGCAUUGACUCCAAACACCACACGACAAAACCGAUAUAACAUCAAUCCGGGAUGCUCUUCUUCUAAACUGUCCACCCAGAGGAAUCGCAGGACAUCACGAUCUUC